AUGUUAUCUGAUUUAGAUAGAAAGAUGUGUUAAAAACAUAAAUUAGAGAUUUUAACAAUAGAUUUAAAAUAAUCAACAGCUGUUGAAGAUAAAUUCCUUUGCAUAAAGUGUUUAAUGGAGAAAAUUGAUAUUUAAAACAUGGCUUUGGUAGAAGAAACUAAAACAAUGAUUAAAUCAAUGAAAAGUGAGUAGUUGAACAACAGACUCAGAGAGUAUUAAAGAAGAAUUCAAAACUUUAAAUAAAUUGAAUCAUAAUUAAAAGAAAUGAAAGUGUCAAUCAAUAAUACCAUAGAUAAGCUAUAAUCUAAUUUAAAUUAGAAAAUAACUCUAAUGGAGAAUGAAUUAAAUGAUUCAGAAUCAAAAACUAUGGUCUCUACUUUUGAAGAAGAUGUUAGAAUUUUAUCAAAUAAUUACAAAGGAUCAUUCAAUUUUGAAAUUCCUAAAGAAUUUGAGAAGUCUUUGGAUGAUAAUUCUUAUAUUGAUUCAAUAGAAUAAUAAUUAUAAUCAAUAAUCAAUUGUCCUAAAUUAAUUGAAAUCAAAGAAUGUUUAGAAUAAAUAAAAGUAGAAAACGAGAAUAAAGAAGUAAAAUAAUGCUAAUUACUUAAUAAAAAAGAGGAAGAUCCAUAGAAAACACCAAGUUUAAAGAUUUAAUGUAAUAAACAUGGAAAAGAAAUUAUUAUGUUUAAUCUGAAUCCUGAUAAAACUUAAUUGUCUAGAUUGGCUUGUGUUGAAUGUAUUUAAUAACAUAAUCCAAUCAAAUACACUACUUUAAAAGAUGCUAAUCUUAAAUGGAAUGAAUAUUUAGGAUAAACUAGUGAUUAUAUCAAACGAUUUUAGAAUCAAAGAUAUUUGAAAUCAACAUAAAUCAUUGAUAUUCUUCAAGAUAUUAAAGAAAAGUAUAAUUCUACUAUUUCAGAAAUCAUAAAUAAGAUAAACACUUAAUAUUCAAUGUUCAAUUAAAAUCAAAUUAAUGAAUUUAAUGACAAUAUCAUUUUUUAAAUGAAUAUUGAAUAAAUCGAUGAAUUAACUGAAAUAUUAAGUUAAGAUGAUAAAUUCUAAGUUUUGGCUGAAAAACAACUUAAUAUUUAAAAACAAGAUCUUAAAUAAUUAGAAAUGAUAUCAAAUAAUUUUGCAAAAUUGAUGUAAAAUGAUUUAGUAGCAACUGAAAAGAUUAAUUAGAUCUUCAAAGAAUCAAAUCUUAAUAUGUCUAAUAUAAAAGAUUUGACAAAUGACAUUGUAUCAGAUGAUAAGGUAUCUAUUUAAAAUAUCUAAUAAAUUCGAUAACUAAAUUCAUAAAUAUAAAAAUUUAAAAUAUAUUAAGAUAUUUUAAAUGAUGGAUUAAAUUAGUAUGAAUUCAUUAUGCAAAAAAUAAGUAGUUUAUCUGAUGAAUUCCAAGAUACAUAAUUGUAAUAAUUUAAUGAAUAAUUAACAAAGAUUCAAAAGGAUUCUCCUUAAUAUAAAAAUUCAUUUAAUUUGAUUAACUAACAGCAGAAAAGGAAUCACUUUAAAAUCAACUUAUUGAAAAUAAUAAAUUGA